AUCGUUCUCCGUUACGGUUUCGAAAAAUAACAUGGCUGCCUCCAUUAGACGCACCUUGUCACCUUGUUUACGGUUUAUUUUCAGAGGCUGGAAAUUCAGGAAUGUUACGGAAUAUCAAUCCAAUGUAUAUAAUAGAGUUCCUAACGUGUAUAAUUUCAGGGAAUUUUCAAAAAGUCCAGUUUAUAAGAGCGGGGAAUACGAAUGGCAGGAUCCCAAGUCCGAAGACGAAGUUGUAAAUAUAACCUUCAUAGACAGGGAAGGAAAAAGAAGACCAGUUAGGGGAAAAGUUGGAGACAAUGUUCUUUACUUAGCACACCGUCAUGGUAUUGAAUUAGAAGGUGCUUGUGAGGCAUCAUUAGCCUGCUCAACGUGCCAUGUCUAUGUUCAAGAAGAGUAUUAUCACAAGUUGUCAGAGCCCAAGGAGGAAGAGGAUGAUAUGCUGGACAUGGCUCCGGGGCUAAAGCCCAAUUCUCGCCUUGGUUGUCAGAUUAUCUUGUCACACGAGCUGGAAGGCAUGGUUCUCAAACUUCCAAGUAUCACACGUAAUUUUUAUGUUGAUGGGCAUGUUCCGCAGCCUCAUUGAUACAAAAGUUAGCUAUGUACAUUA